GUGCCAUUCACAGCCAGACCGCGAGAAGAUGAGAGAUGGCAAUAGAAAAAAAACCUGAGGACGAAUUUGACACGGUUUUCAGUCAAAAUGACUCAUUAGAGCUGUCUUCGCACCACGAUUAUGUGACUGCGCAAACCCGGAUUUUCAAGAUAAUAGUCAUAGGCGAUUCAAAUGUGGGAAAGACGUGUUUGACUUACAGAUUCUGUGGGGGCACUUUCCUGAAAAACCCGGAGGCAACGAUUGGGGUUGACUUCAGAGAGAGGACGCUGGAGCUCGAUGGGGAAAGUAUCAAGUUGCAGAUCUGGGACACGGCAGGUCAGGAGCGUUUCAGGAAGAGCAUGGUGGAGCACUACUACCGCAGCGUCCAUGCCGUCAUCUUCGUGUACGACGUAACCAGCCUCUCGUCCUUCGAGAGCAUCCCUGAGUGGAUUGAGGAGUGCAGGCGACACUGUGUGGGGCCCCUGGUGCCCCGCAUCAUGGUAGGCAACAAGUGUGACCUGAGGGACCGCCGGGAGGUCCCCACCACGGCUGCCCAGUGUCUUGCCGACAGCUACAACUUCCCACUGUUUGAGACUUCCGCCAAGGAACCUGCGGAGAAGGAACAUGUUGACGCCAUCUUUCUGACUUUGGCUUAUAGACUGAAGAGCCACAAACCCCUGAGACUGAAGCAGCCGAGUGAGAGCAAUAUCAGGCAGCUGUGGAACCAGAGAGAGCAGGAAGCAGCAACUUGUCAAUGUUGAUGUCACCUCCCUCCUGUAUGGAUGUAUUCAGUGUGUGCAGGUCAUCACACCCUUCAGGAUAAUGUUGCUGUGAAAAGCAGCGUUUCUCCCUAGCGCUGAGACUGAAUUCAGAAAGGCCUCUUAUGAUCAUGAGAUAGAAAAUGAAUAAAUGUACCAUGGUUUUACACUUUCCCCCUGCCUGAUUCAAGGCAUAGCUUGUGACAAUAUGGGCUUAUAAAUUUGCAGAUUAUUAAAUCAACAUUUCAAUGAAAUGCAUGAAUAGAAAUUGAGGUAAUAUUAGUAGCUUAAACUGCACAUAAAAUCACUUUGAGUCAAAGAACAGAGCAUUGCGGAGUGCACUUUAAUACGUAGAUAUAGGAAAUCAAGUAGCACUACAUGUUAUCUACAGUAUUCAAAGCAGACAGUAAAUUAGGGGACAAAAGAGAUCUCAGUCUAAGUAAAGGGACCAAUCAGGUGAAUUAAAACUGUGAAGAAAACCGUGCAAUCAUUUAAUUUAAGUUAUGUUUUAAAGUGAUAUUUCAGUUCUUGAAAAAUAAAUGCAGCAUGAGUUUUGGUGCUUAUGCUGAAUGUGUAUUUAGAAAAUAUAAAUAUGAACAUAAUCAGCUUUGUGUCAGCUCAUUCGCCUUCACAGUUCUUUAAGGAGAGCUCACCAAUGAUCAAAUGUAGCUGUCUUUUGGGACAAAAUGCAAAUCCACUUAGUUCACUUGAAAAGCAUCAGUGAAUACACGCUCAGCUGUCUUUGAAAAUCGUUAUGUCGGAAGGCACUGAAGAUAUGAGAUCAAAUCACAACCGAUUGAUACUUUUGUUGCAUGUAUAUGAACAAUAAUGCAAACACUUGGAGAUUGUGACAAUGUUAAAAUGCAAAUCAAUAAAAUUGU